UUGGCAGGCAAAAAAAGGCAGCGCGCGGCUCAAAUAUAGCAAAAAAACAGCCGUUUACCCGUCCCAGCUGUCGUACGCUGUCGCGCAGCAGCGAUAAAGCCACCCUCUGUCGAGCAGCGAUAAAGCCACUCAGCCAUAGUAUUUCCCACAGCCCCAGGCGACGCAAAAGCGCUGCGGAUGAGCGCUGCGCAGGACGCCGACGCGGCGAAAGAGGACGACGCCCCGGCCCUCCGCAAGCUCUUCGUCGCGGGAAUAGCAAUAGGCGCGCUCGUCGCCCUCACCCUGCCGACCACAACGCAAGAGAGACGGCGCCUCACCCCGGACCCGCAAUUAAAUGGCUGCUUCGAGGGCGCCGGCUGGAACAGCGCGACGCGCGUCGAUCGGUUAGCGGCGCUCCAAGAAGUGAACCCGGACAUCCCCGCCUCGAUCCAGACGGGGCCCACGAGGGCGUGGGUGCUCGGGAGGGGCUCCUGGGAGUCUUACAGUAGUGAUGAGGUCAUCCCAUCCGCCUGCGAGGAAAUUGACGUCGUCGUGGCUCAUAGUGGAGCUGAUAGGUGUCUGUUGCUGUCUGGUGCCGCAUCUUCCGCAGUACCGCACCACGUGACGCGGUGGGAGCGCCACCCUUCUUCUCCGACGGGAUGGUCCGUGGUAUCUCGCAUACGGGAGUCGAGGCAACGCAUGCCUGGGGAAGGCACCAGGAAGCGCGCUCGGACGCUCGCGGCUCGCUUGUAUUCGAGACUCGACGACGUCUUCGCGUCCCUAGAACCCUUACUGAAGAAGGCGGCAGUACAUACGCAUCCGGCGUACAAGGCCACGAUGGGCUCAAACACGAAAGGAGCGGUCCUCAUCAUGUGCGUGAACUGGGGCAAUUUAGAUUUGCUCAUGAACUUUCUGAGGAGCGCGUGCGACAAACAGAUAGACAUCCAGAAUUUAAUCGUUUUCGCGGCGGAUCCCAAGGUCGAGAAAGCGCUCAAAGCCAUCGGGGUGUUGGUGUUCUCGCACGACGCGCUUGGAUCCUUUACCGCUGGAGCGGCGCGAUCGUAUGGCGACCAUACGUUUGUCGAGAUGAUGUGGCUCAAGCUGACGUGCGUCUACCUCGUAAACGCGUUGGGCUACGACCUCCUCUUCCAGGACGCGGAUUUGUACUGGUGGCGCGAGCCCUGGUCGUUCUUCGCGACGCGACCGGAUAUAGAUACCUUUUGGAUGGACGACGGCGCUAGGACCAGUCGUUUCGCACCGUUGUAUCCCAAUACCGGAUACUAUCUCAUCAGGCACAACCCUAGGACAGCGUUACUGUGUGAGACGCUCGUCGGGAUGUAUGACGUGGUACUCGCGUGGCAAAGUCACCAGGCCGUCGUGUCCCAGGUCUUAGGUGAAUUCCACGCCUUGCACGCGUUGACGGUGAAGAUAUUAGAUAAAAUAGAAUUCCCGUCGGGCAAGCAGUUCCACCACAACCGCGCUCUAUUUGAAAAGAUAAAACGCAAGGAAUUCGAGCCCUACUGCUUCCACAUGUGCUGGACGGCGGGCAAGGCCGACAAGUUGAAAUUCCUCAAGCAAGAUGGGUUGUGGUACCUCGAGGAGUCUUGUGCCUUGAAGAACCUGGACGCGGACGAUGCGGCGUCCGUCCGGCGGUGCGGGCUCGGGCCGGCGACGUGCGCCUUCGUCGGCGGGAACUAAGAUUGAUGUGCCGU